AGUAUUUGGAUGGACAGUUCCUUAUCGUUCAUGUCUUGUUUAGUCAAUGUAUAUAUAAAACUGUGUUCUCAUAAAAAAAAGCAGUCUUGACGUUUUUUUUUCUGGGACAAACGCGGUUUUCACGCGCUCUUUCUCUCCCCUCUUUUCUAGAAAAAAAAAAAAAGCUCUCUUUCACACCUUUUAUAUAUUGAUUACCCAACAUGAGUACUGCCAUGGAUAUCGAUGCACCCAAUGUGAGUGAAUCCAAUUCAGAAACCUCGGACUUUUACGCCCCUUGGCUCGAAAAGUACAGACCAAGAGUAUUGGACGAUAUUGUUGGUAACGAAGAUAUCGUUUCUCGCUUAAAAGUUAUUUCAAGAGACGGUAAUGUGCCAAACAUUCUCCUCGUUGGUAUGUCUGGUAUCGGUAAAACCACCAGUAUUCUGUGUUUAGCUGCUGAAUUACUCGGUCCUUCCUAUAAAGACGCCGUACUUGAAUUAAAUGCAUCCGACGACAGAUCGAUCGACACAGUCAGAGACAAUAUUAAGAAAUUCGCACAAAAGAAAGUGACGUUACCACCUGGAAAGCACAAGAUCAUUAUUUUAGAUGAAGCCGAUAGUAUGACGGGAGGUGCACAACAAGCUCUCCGUCGAACCAUGGAACUUUACACAAAUACCACACGAUUUGCUUUAGCCUGUAACGAAUCCAGUAAAAUCAUUGAACCACUUCAAUCGCGUUGUGCCGUCUUACGAUAUGAAAAGUUGACAGAUGAGCAGGUCUUGCAUCGUUUAUUACAAAUCUGUGAGAAAGAGAACGUCCAAUAUAACGAUGAAGGCUUAGAGGCUAUUAUCUUUACAGCGGAUGGCGAUAUGCGACAAGCCAUCAACAAUUUACAGGCCACCCAUUUUGGCUCUGAUUUUGUCAAUGAAGAAAACGUCUUCAAGAUCUGUGACCAACCUCAUCCUGCCAUUGUCAAGGAAAUUCUCGAUAGUUGCUCUCGUUGUGAGAUUGAUAAAGCCGUUGGUCUGAUGAAGAAGCUGUUUUAUUCGGGUUAUGCAGCCGUGGAUAUCGUCACUACCUUUUUCCGGGUUGCUAAAUCCUAUGUUGAUAUGGACGAACAGUUUCGUUUGGAUUGUAUGAAACCCAUUGGUGAAACAAACUUGAAGGUGAAUAAGGGGUAUAUUUCUUUAUUACAACUUGAGGGUAUGUUGGCCGAUAUUUGUAUGGUCUCUCCAGCCUUUGCCACCUUGUAAUUUAAUAAUCAUAAUAAUAAUAAUAAUAAUAAAAAAAAAAAAAAAUGAUUUUUUAUUGUUU